AUGAGUGACUUAUUUUGCAAGAACAAUCACACAGACAACUUAACCGGCCCGUCAUGUCUGAACUCAACUCCCUCGUCGUACAGCCACAUCGACAUCACCACUUUCAUGCACAUAUUCCCUUCCAUUUACGGCAUCCUGUGCUCAGUUGGAGUUAUAGCCAAUGGACUGGUCAUCUACGCGGUGGCAGCAUGCAAGAAGAAGAUGGUAUCGGACAUCUACGUGCUGAACUUGGCAAUAGCGGACAUGCUCUUCUUGCUUGUGAUGCCUUUCAACAUUCACCAGCUGGUCAGAGACAAACAGUGGGUCUUCGGAAACUUUAUGUGUAAAGCGGUUGUGGUGGUGGAUGUCAGCAACCAGUUUACCACAGUGGGAAUUGUUACCGUGUUGUGCAUUGACCGGUACAUAGCUAUCGUCCACCCCACCUCAGAGAGGAGGACCAUCCACUGGACCAUCAUGAUCAACAUGCUAGUGUGGCUGGGCAGCUUCCUCCUCACCGUCCCGGUCAUGAUGUAUGCCAGGGUUGAGCGCAGGCAGCACUUGGAGGUCUGCAUGAUGUACCUGGACGGGCCUGAGGACAUGUACUGGUACACUUUCUACCAGUCUAUCCUGGGCUAUAUCAUCCCUCUCAUCAUCAUCAGCACCUUCUACUCACUCACCCUCUACCACGUUUUCAGCUCCAUCCGCCGGGUGAAACGUAAGCAGUCCGUUUGGGCUAAAAGAGCCACCAAGAUGGUCCUAAUGGUUAUCGCACUGUUCCUGAUCUGCUGGUCACCCUAUCACGUCAUUCAGGUGAUCAACCUGAGCAACAAUACACCAACUAUUGCCUUCAUCUACGCCUACCACAUCAGCAUCUGCCUCAGCUACUCCCAUAGCUGCAUCAACCCGCUCAUGCUGCUCCUCUUCGCCCAGAACUACCGUGAGCGUCUUUGCCGCAGGAACACACUGCGCAGCUCCCAGCACUCGUCCAAGCUCACGGUGGUCAAAACAGAUGGUUCCAGUACAACCAAUGAACCCAACUACCGCUGUACUGUCGUCUAA